AUGCAGCCAGAUGCCGAGCCUGAAAGAUAUGAUAUCACGUCGGCACCCCUACCUGAGGUGGAUAUCUGGCCAUUGUACCUAGAGCACUCCAUUUCCCAAGACAAGGAGAUGGUGCAAGGCUGGACCUCUGAUCUAGAUUCAAUCCUCAUCUUUGCUGCUCUAUUCUCUGCAGUACUCACGACCUUGGCAGUCGAAUCAUUCUCUAGUCUGCAACCAGAUCCUCAAGUAGAGAUGCUACGUGCAGUACUCCAACAGAUCCAACAGGGCAAGGACGAUUUGCAGAAUAUCCCAUCUCCUAUCCCACCAUUCACGCUUACCCGAUCUGCUGUCCGCGUUAACAUAUAUUGGCUCUCAAGCCUCAUCAUUAGCUUGUCGACCACCUUGUUGGCCAUCUUGGCGAAACAGUGG